CGAGAAGGUGCGAGGGGAGGCGCCAACCCUGCUGAACCGUUAGGGGUCGGGGUCGCCACGUCUCCCGGGCUGCCCCGACCCGAGACGGACAGGGACCGCCCGUCCGGGUGACCACCGCCCACCCACAGAGUCCGAUGGCGGUGGCCGCGCCCAGGGACCCGGCUGAGGGCAGGGUGACCUUCGAAGACGUGGCCGUGUACUUCUCCGGGGAGGAAUGGGGUCUCCUGGACGAGGCCCAGAGAUGUCUGUACCAGGAUGUGAUGCUGGAGACCUUGGCCCAUAUAACCUCCUUGGGCUGCUGGCAUGGAGCAGGGGACGAGGAGGCACCCGAGCAGAGCGUGUCUGUACAAGGAGUGUCACGGGGCAGGACUUCCAAGGCGGCUGUGUCCUCCCAGAAGGCCCCCCCUCGUGAGGUGUGUGUCCCGGACUUGAGGGAACUUUUACAUUCGACCGAGCACCACGCGACACCUGGUGGACAGAAACUGCACAAGAUGGGGGCGUGUGACAAGCAGGUGUAUUUCGACACAGACCUUGCGCACCAGCAGCAGCGCACUGGAGAGAAAUGCUUCGGGAGCAACAGGGGCGGAGCCUCUUCUUGGAAGGACUACACAUUCUGUGUGUCCGGGAAGCCCUUUUCCUGUGGCGAGGUUGUGAGGGACUUGUUGGCGAGCUCGAGAUUCCUCCAGGAUCGGCCCACACACGCCAGGGAGAAGUCAGACAGGAGAGCUGAGUGCGGGGCGGCCUCUCACGGAAGGAGAACUCCGUGCACCUCGGGAGAGGGCGCCAAGGACCUCACUUGCAGACACACCCUUGUUCGUCACCAGAGACACCUCAGCAGAGAGAGAUGCUUCAUGUGCAGUGAAUGUGGGAAAUCUUUUAGCAAAAGCUACAGCCUCAGUGACCACUGGAGAGUGCACACUGGGGAAAAGCCUUAUGAGUGUGGGCAAUGUGGGAAGUCCUUUAGGCAAAGCUCCAGCCUCAUUCAACACCGGAGGGUUCACACUGGAGCAAGGCCUCACGAGUGUGACGAAUGUGGGAAAUUAUUUAGCAACAAGUCCAACCUCAUUAAACAUCGGAGAAUUCACACUGGAGAACGGCCGUACGAGUGCAGCGAAUGCGGGAAGUCCUUCAGCGAGAGCUCUGCGCUCCUUCAACACCGGGGUGUGCACACUGGAGAGAGGCCUUAUGAGUGCAGCGAAUGCGGGAAGUUCUUUACCUACCACUCCAGCCUCAUAAAACACCAGAGAGUUCACUCAGGAUCAAGGCCCUACGAGUGCAGCGAAUGCGGAAAAUCCUUUACUCAGAAUUCCAGCCUCAUCGAACACCGAAGAGUCCACAGCGGAGAAAGGCCUUAUAAGUGCAGCGAAUGUGAGAAAUCCUUUAGCCAAAGCUCUGCGCUUCUUCAACAUCGGAGGGUUCACACUGGAGAGAGGCCUUAUGAGUGCAGCGAAUGUGGGAAAUUCUUUACUUACAGUUCCAGUCUCCUAAAACACCAGAGAGUACACACUGGAUCGAGGCCUUACGAGUGCGCCGAAUGUGGAAAAUCCUUUACUCAGAACUCUAGCCUCAUUAAACACAGGAGAGUGCACACUGGAGAAAGGCCUUAUGAGUGCAGCGAAUGUGGGAAGUCCUUUAGCCAUAGCUCCAGCCUCAUUAAGCACCGGAAAGUGCACACCGGGUAAGGGCUUGAGGAGUACGGUGAAUUUGGGAAAUGUUUACCCGUGUCUGCCAUUUCAGUGACCGUUCAAAUAUUCACACCAGGAAAAAGGCUUUAUGAGUUUUGAAGGUGGGAAAUAUUAACGUCCGUGUCCAAGCUCCUAAAACACCACAAUGUCACAUCAGAAGAAGGCUCGGGAAUGUGGCCUAUGGGAGAAGGGGCUGACUGAAGUCUAGCCUCGGUGCACUCCAGAGAACUCACACUGAAGAAUGGCCUUAGAAAUGCAGUGACUGUGAGGAAGCCUUCAGCCAAAGGACUUACCUCAUCGGAGAUGACAAAUUUCAAAUGGGAGACCUACCUGAAAUGUGCAGGUAUACAGCAUUUAGGUGUUCAGUGUGACAGCGCUGGAGGAGAGCCUUUCGGAAGGUGCCAUUUGCCUGUGUUGAACCUCAUACAUCUUAACAUCCCCAGAAACCCCAGGGAUGUGGCAGCUGCAGUGCACUUUGUGAACCUGCCCAGGGCCAUGCUCCAGUGUCAGGGCAGGUCCCAGAUGACCAUGAACAGCCCCAGUAUUGCUCCUUCCCCACUUUUCCUCCCUGAGGAGGUAGGGCAUGGAUCUCACCCAGUUUUGGCCUAGAGGACUGUUGGUGCAUUGAAAAGGUGGACUGCAUGUCUCAGGGCUGUUAUUGUCUUCGUGACUCUAGAGAUGGAAAUCCCAGCCUCCCAAGUCACCAACCCAGCAGUCACCCUCCCAUUGCUCUUGUUUGUACCAUAAUAAAGGUCUUACUGUUUAAGUCACUGUUAA